AUCACUUUCUACGUAUCUUAUUUCACUAUAUAUGAACAACUAUCUACUUCUUUCCAAAGAUCAAGAACAUCAGUCAAUCUUUCUCAGAAAAGUGUGUGCUUCAUCCUCAUAGGCACACACACAAAAAAAAAAAAUGGCAUCUCCAGCAGUUCGUGAUCAGGACAAUCACAACGAUGCAGAAAAUAGUUCGAUGGGUUAUUGUGGCAAGGUGAUGAACAAGGUGGUGGAAUUUCCAAGGAAAUUAAAGAAGCUUGGACAAGAUGAUCCCAGAAGGAUUGUUCAUUCUCUUAAAGUUGGAUUAGCAGUUCUUUUGGUGUCAUUGCUCUAUUACUUCCAGCCCUUCUAUAAUGGUCUUGGUGACACUGCCAUGUGGGCUAUUCUAACUGUGGUGGUUGUCUUCGAAUUUUCAGUAGGAGCAACACUGGGAAGAGGUUUAAACAGGAUCUUGGCGACAUUCCUAGCAGGUGCUCUAGGAUUUGGUGUUCAUCACCUGGCAAAUCUAUCUGGAGAUAUAGCUCAUCCAAUACUCAUCGGCAUCUUCGUCUUUCUACUAGCUGCAUCAGUGACAUUUAUACGCUUCUUUCCGCGGAUGAAGGCGAGAUAUGACUAUGGACUCCUCAUUUUUAUCUUGACAUUCUGUUUGAUAUCGGUAUCGGGGUACCGAGAUGAGGAGAUACUGGAAAUGGCUCACAAGAGGGCGUCCACAAUCCUCAUAGGUGCCUUUAUAGCUGUGUUUGUGUGCGUUUUCAUUUGCCCAGUAUGGGCUGGCGAUGAUCUGCACAACUCAGUAGCCAAGAAUAUUGAAAAGCUCGGAAGCUUCUUGGAAGGUUUUGGGGAUGAAUACUUCAAAGUAGCUGGCAGUGGAGAGUCUAAUAUGGCACAUUUGCAAGGAUAUAUUAGUGUUCUCAAUUCAAAACAGAGUGAAGAAACUCAGGCCAAUUUUGCAAGGUGGGAGCCUAGACAUGGAAAGUUUAGGUACCGUCAUCCUUGGAGAUACUAUCUCAAGAUCGGAAACCUCACCCGGCAAUGCGCCUACCGCAUUGAUACCCUCAGUGGUUACCUCAACUCUGAAGUCCAGACACCACUAAACAUUCAAAACAACCAAGUUCAAGAGCUGUGCAUGAAGAUGAGUUCAGAAUCAGGCAAAGCACUGAAAGAGCUAGCAUGGGCCCUAAAAACAAUGACUGAGCCAUGCUCUGCUGCCAGCUCCCACAUCACAAAAUCAAGAGCUGCAGCCAAUAACCUCAAAUCCAUGCUUAGGACUAAUGCAGCGGCGGUGGCGGGAGUUGGUGGAGAUCAAGUUCGUCUCCUAGACAUCGUGCCAGCUGUGACUGUUGCUUCGCUGCUAAGUGACGUUGUUGCUUACGCUGAACAAAUUGAGAAGUCUAUUCAGAAACUGGCCUCCUUUCAACAUGUGCAGUUCAAGAGUGCAGAACGAAAAAAACCAACAGCAUUGACGUCAAGUAAAACUUCUUCCAGCAAUGUGGGACCGCAUCAUGUCAUCACCAUGGAUCGACUAGCAUCUCUACAAGUUCAAGAAUCAAGCAAGGAAAUCGGAAGCAAGUUUCAAAGAAUUAGGAGUGCCGUUUGAUACUUGGAUCAGCCCCACUUUAAUUUCUUUCUCCUUAUAGAAGAGAGAGAGAGAGAGAGAGAGAGAGAGAGAGAGAGAGAGAGAGCGAUGUUGGUGUUUGUGUCAAAGCUCUUGCAGCUUCUGGUCAUUGGCUCAUUCUGCCCUUCAUCUGCCUGUAAGUCUGAUUAUGAACUCUUCGCCGCCUUCUCGGACCCCUAGCUGAUCAUUACCUGGGCAUGCCGGCCAUGUCUAGAUGCGCGUAAAUCUCACUCGAACUAGUGGUGAUCUGCGCCACAGUAACUUCUCCAACAUCUGAAAAACGAUGGAGCCUCUAGGGCAGUGUAGUAACUUUCCUAUGUUUCUGUAUGUUUGGAUAUUAACGAUGGAAGUUUUUUAUGCUUUUUUUAUUUAUAUAUACAACGAUAUUAUACGUUUAAAUGGUGUUUGGGCUAAGUGAUGCAGUGUAUAUUUAUAUAAAAACGAUAUUUUAUAUCCAUGAACUCGUCAUCCA